CAACACAGACGCUGCUGAACGGAGGACAAACCGCAGGAUCAUCAGCAUCACCUGGACCGGACUGUCUGUGUCCUGCUCACUCUGCUCUCAGCAUGGCAGCGCAUAAAGAAGACUCGGACACCGACGAUGUUCUGCCCAACGAGGAGGAGCUGCAGCAGGCUCUGUGCGUUCUGGCUGGAAGCGACUCGGAGAACUGCUCCUACUCCGGGGGUUAUGUGAAGAGACAGGCGGUGUUUGCCUGUAACACUUGCACUCCCAGCGGCGCAGAGCCUGCCGGGGUUUGUCUGGCCUGUGCCAAUAAAUGUCACGAUGGACACGAUAUCUUUGAGCUGUAUACCAAAAGAAAUUUUCGCUGUGAUUGUGGAAAUAGCAAGUUUGGAGACUUCCAGUGCCAGCUAACUCCUGUCAAAGAUGAGGAAAACGUUAACAAUCACUACAAUCACAACUUCCGUGGCUGCUACUGCACAUGUGACCGGCCGUACCCAGACACCGAUGAUCAGAACGACGACGAGAUGAUUCAGUGCGUCGUCUGUGAGGACUGGUUUCAUAGCAGGCACUUGGGCUGCGCGAUGGUCGAACCUGAGGAGCUGCAAGAGAUGGUGUGUGAAGCCUGCAUGAACAAGGCUCCGUUCUUGUGGACGUACGCUGCUCACUUUGCAGUGCCGCCUGUCAUCAACGUCAGUCAUCCCGCAGAAGAGGAGGAGGAAGUGGAGGUCGAUGUCGAGGAUGAAGAGCCGAGUCGAAGCGGCGAUGAGGAACCGUCCACCAGCGCUGAAUGCACGAAGCAGGAGGAGGCCGGGAACAGGAGCUCCCCUUGCAAGCGAACCCACGAGGAAAUGACAGCCAGUCCUACAAAGGCCACGACUAAAUCUGUGGAGUGCAAGCUGAAGGAGCUGCAGGCCCGGGGCAGGGAGAGGCUGAGACAGGGGGCCGUGUUCUGGCCUUACAGUUGGCGUUUGGGGCUCUGCACCUGCACGAGCUGCAAGAGGGCCUACGUGGCUGCCGGAGUGCACUUCCUCAUGGAUCAGUCUGACACUAUUCUGGCCUAUGAGAAGAAAGGCUUAGAUGAACCGUUUGGGCAGCACCCGCUGAUGGCACUCACGAGCUCGAUGGACCGCGUACAGCAGCUGGAGGUCAUUUACGGUUUCAACGAGUUGACAACCUCCAUCACUGCAUUUUUAGAACAGUGCGUUUCGGAAGGAAAGACGGUCACAGUCGAAGCUGUACACCAGUUCUUUGAGGAGCUGCGGGCCAGAAAAAGACGCAGAACCAAUGCGGGGUAUCAGUAACGAGGAGUCCACGCUGCUGCCAUCAUAUGCUGGGAUCAUAUGGUGCUUUGAAUAAAGUGCUUUUUUUUUUGACAUGGAACAAAAAGUAAUGCUUUCUGGGUAUUAUUGUUGUAUAAAGUUUCUCUGAGGGACUGAAGUGUUGUGAAUUUUGAGGUUAGAGUUUCAUGCCCAGUUUUUUUUUUUUUUUUUUGUUCUAUUGAUUUAUGACGAUGCCUUAACUUUGAAGAUCAUAAUGAAAGUUCGGUACUUGAAACAGUCGUAGAUGUUGCACAUUGAUAUAUUUUUUACGAACAUUGCAUUUCAGCACUGGAUGCUUUCAGUAUGUUUGGCUUUAAUGUUAGUGUUUCACGUCAACAUGAUGCUGCCAUUAAGUUCCUGGGAACAUGCCUGCUUGUGUACUUUGGCUUGACUUUCAUGCCCUUGUGUUUACAUUGAGACAAACUUUCUGUCUGUAAAAGCAAUGUGAAGAGUUACUGCUGUGGAAUGUGGAUUGGUGUUCCAAAUAAAAUGAUCGACCCGA